CUCCUUGGAUCAGAGUAGUGGCCAUGGGCUGGUGCUCAAUCGCAGACGCUUCCUCCUGCCACCGGGCGGCGCUGUUGAGAUCAAUGUCAUUGCCGUGGAUCUUUUCGUCUGCAAAAAGAACCAAGCACAAGAAGCCUUCAAGAUUCUCGAGGGAAACUUGAAAUGCAGACCCAUGAUGGAUAUGGCCCCGGUUGCCACGUGGCCCUGGAAGGGGAUGGGCCCUGCGUAUCCGAGUGUUCCUAUUGGCUCCAGAGUCUGCACGGUGGAGAGGGGGGUACCUCUAAUCAUAUCCAGCAUGUUUUGCACAAGAAAUGUCAGCCAGAAAGGGCUAUCAUCUCCCCUCGCCAAAAUACACCACAAUAAUGGCAUGCUCAGACAGCCCCGCAGGAAACGCGUUUUUUGUGGAUUCUCUGAUCAGCGGCCGGACCGAGGGUGGAGGGGGACACUACUACCCGGGCAGCAGCGUGUGUCUGCCCCAUAACGCCGCCUCAGACGUGCCUUACGGGCUACAGAACUGUGGAUACUUCCCAGGUAUAGGCAAGCGGAGCGACGCAGGUCCCCAAAACAUGAUGUCUGCCGCUUCAGGCGCGUAUAUGUCAGGCAUGGAGAUGUGGAUAGACGCGCAGAGGUCGUGCCGAAUGGACCAGCAACAAACUGUGGGUCCCCAGGUCGCGCCCUGCUCGUUCCCGCCGAGCAUUAAGGAGGAGAGCGCGUACUGUCUCUACGAGCCGCAGAAGUGCCCCAAAGCCUCGACCGCGGAAGACCUGACAUACUCCAGGCUAACCACGACAGGCUCAGGUUCAGGCUCGUGCACAGUCACCGACGGCGGUGGUGGUGGGGGUACUGUACCCGUGCCUGGCUACUUCCGCUUGUCUCAGAUGCACGCACACACUCAUAAAGUUUACCACGGUGCCCAAUCGAACCCCUCUCAUUCUCACUUUGGCCUACACCCCCCUACACAGACUCGCUUCCACACCCCGACCCCCCCGCAGUCCUCAGCCUUAGUCUGCUCAGCCACGGCGGCUUACAAGAGGAGAGACACGGAGGAGGCUCUGUCUUCCGGUACCGCAUCCCAGCCCCAGCAGACGCACGCCCCACCGGGGGACGAGGAGGCGCGAGCGUCCUCCGACGCGGAACCUUCAUCUCCCGAGGAAGCUGAAAAGGAGCUCGAGAAGGAGAAGCCAGCGAAAACACCUAAAGGAGACACAGAAAGCGAAUGCACGGCCAACUGGCUAACAGCAAAAAGCGGACGGAAGAAACGUUGCCCAUACACCAAGCACCAAACACUGGAGCUCGAGAAGGAGUUCCUCUACAACAUGUACCUGACUCGCGAGCGUCGCUUAGAGAUCAGUAGGAGCGUGCACCUGACGGACAGGCAGGUCAAAAUAUGGUUCCAGAAUCGCAGAAUGAAACUGAAGAAAAUGACCCGGGAAAACAGGAUUCGGGAGCUCACGUCAAAUUUUGGUUUCUCGUGACAACGUUGAAUGUUUUCAAUAAGCUUUGAAUUAAACUAGCUUUAGUUAUAAUGCAAGUGGUAAAGAGCACAUCUUUAAUAGGCCUACAGACAAACCUAGUCUUUGCAUUGUCCUAUGUAAGCUACUGGUAAAACGUGAACGCUAUUGUUUUUUUUUUCUUUCUUUCUUUUUUGACAAUUGUUCGUUGAUUCGGCUCUGUUGCUGUCAUUUGUUGGGAUAGGUGUCUUGAGUAAAAUAAUGGAUGGAAUUUGCUUUGGGUCGUAUAGGAUUGUAGCCUACCAAUACUUUUAUUUUUAUUUUUUAUAGUUGGAGAUACAAAUACAAAUCACAUUUGAGAUGUACGUUGCAUAUAUUUGGGGAGUUUCCUUUACAUGUAUACUGCAUGAAACAACAUGAUUCAGACCCGUCUUUUCCUGCAUUUUGCAAUGCGGAUCACACUAAAAUUUAAGGCCUAUGUAUCAACAGUAAGGGAAUAAGAUGAGUCGCCCUAUAAAUGUAUUCUUCCGAUAUAAUGUAUGUAGAUAUUAUGAUGAGCUGAUUGUAAGUGUACAUAGAACAACAUAUUUUAUUCACUUUGAGGAUAAUAUUGUUGUGUAGACUCGAACUAAGGGAAAUGUAGGCUAAAUGAGCAGUCUACAUUGUGAAAUUGUUUUUAUUGUGUAUAUCAUUGUGUACAUAUCAGGUUGUGUUUUUGUGUAUUGCGUAAUAAAUUAUCAGUUCACA